AACCGGAUUGAAAUGAAAAUCAGUUUUUAGGGAAAAUUUUGUAUUUUGAUAAUUUUAAACUGUGUUUUUUUAUAAAAUAAAUACGUUCCUGAUCUUGCAUAAUCCCUACACAUAAAACAUAGGUCCUUCCCAUGGUUUUGCAAGAUGAGUCAAGAUCGCGGCUCUCCCCAACCGAGCCCCAGCAUCCUCAUCCCCGAGUCUCCGGGGAGCCCCAACUUACUCGAUCCUCCCUCCCCCGAUAAUGUGGGCCUUCCACUACCAGCUCAAGACUCAGAGACGUACACUCAGCGAGUUCAUGUUUACGAGGACAGCACAGACUCAUCUGCAGCCAACUACAAUGAACCCGUCUGGCGACCUGGCAUCGACUUGGACGAUAACUCGAGUUCAGUACUACCUCACAGUUCAACCAACGAAGACAGCAACGCCAGCACUGUCCUACAAUCCGUAAACGAAGAGUCCAACAGUCUAAUGUCCCUCCCAGAAACGCAGAUUAGGAAAAGUGAAAGUAAUGUCGAAGAGCCCCCUGCCAAAAUUCGAAAAGUUUCCUCACCAAACAAGUCUGAAGAUUUGGACGGCGAAACGUGUCCGAUAUGUUUAGAUUCGUGGGGAAAUUCCGGUGAUCACAGACUUGUCGCACUGAAGUGUGGCCACUUGUUCGGCUCGCAUUGCGUCGAGAGGUGGUUGAAAGCGCAAUCGGCUAAGGAUAGAGCUUGCCCGACGUGUAAGAGCAAAGCGCACAUGCGAGACGUCAGGCACAUCUACGCUAGACGCUUAGUAGCGGCAGAUACUUCCCAAAUCACCACACUGCAAAAACAGAUCGACGUACUUCAAACAGAAAAGAGCAAAGCAGAGUUGGAGCUUCAGAAAUCAAGAAUAGCUCACAGGGCAUGUCUGCUACAGCUAGAAGUCUUACGGAAAACUUUAUUAAAGUCACAAGUGACCAAAGAGCAGCCAGUUAGAAGAUCCUGGCGAUUCGCCCUAGAAAAGAACUUGGAGAUCUGCAAGGACGGUGGUUGUCGAGUCAUGACAUACAACUGCAGAACGUACGAGCUGUACGUUUCGCAGAAAAGCACAAACUAUUUAUUUCCGGGCUACGGCAUCCGGAAAGUGAGUUGCGUCGACUACAAGUUGGGGCAAUUCGUGCAUCUACAUCCUAAGCCGAUUAGAGACAUCACGUAUUCGCAACAGAGAGAUUUACUGCUGAGCGUCGGUUUAGAUAGCUCUGCGAGGAUUGUUGAACGGGGUAUUCCUAACACCACAGUUCAGUCAGGGUUUCCUUUGUGGUCUUGUUCGUGGGACUACAUGAGAAGCAAUGAGUUUUACGUAGGCGGUGUGGGUGGUAUAAUCCACCAAUACGACGUCCGAAACCCUAGCACUUUUAUCCAGAGGCUGGCGAACCCCAGUGAUGUGUCGCCAGUAGUGUCUUUAUGUUCUACAGAAUACGGUCUACUUUCAUGCCAGUUGAACUCUUGCUGGUUAUGGGUGGCUAACAUGCGACAGUGGGAACCUAGAUCGUUGCCUGUUGAAGGGCCUUUUAUGUCCCUGUGCUACGACAACGAAUCUCAUAGAGCCGUAAUAUCCUGCAGGGCUGGUGCUAACGGGGAGAGGUCGAGACUGACACUUUGUAAGUUAAAAGCCAGUGUUCCAAGCGGUGAAAUAAUGUUUGAUGUUGAGCAGACUUUUAGCGGGUCUUCCAGGUCUUCUCUUAUGUCGAGAUCUGCCUGGGUAAAGGCUCCAGGGGCUUCUUGGAUAGCCGCGCAUUCUGAGAGCGAGUCAACGUUAUACCUUCAUGGGUUGGAUGGUGCGAGGACAAUGUGUUUACCAGCCGCUGAACCAGCUCUGGACGUGUGUGCGGUUCAACUGAACGGUGAUACGGUAGUGUCAGCGCUUUCGGAAUCUCGUCUUAGAUUAUACAAGGCUGUGCCAACGAACUCAUGA